AUGUGUGUGCGUAUAGAACGGCGAGGAACAAUAACAGACGAUAAAGAACGUGUAGAGGAUGGCGGUGUGGAAGUGUUCGAAGUGGACGCAGUGCAGGAUGGGGUUGAAUACAAGGACAAGGACGACAACGACACAGACCGUGGAGACAACAAUGCCACAGCACAAGUUGACGACACAAAAGAUGAUAAAGAAGAGGAAGAGGAAGACAAGAAGGAUGAAGAAGUGGAUGAAGAAGUGGAUGGAGAGGACGAUAAGGAAGGUGCAGAGGAAGACAAAGAGGUUGAAGGCGAAGAAGACGAGGAGGUAGAAGAUGAGGAGGCAGAACAUAAAUUAGAAAGAGAUUCAUGUUUUAAUGACUUCAAAAGAUAUAUUGGUGUCUCUAGUAACCAUUUGUGGAUACUUCUUUUUUCCUAUCCGUGUUUCAAGAAGCGUUUUUACAUACUGGAGCAUGUAAUUGACAUUCAAAAAGUUGUUCCUGAAAAAGAUUAUAUCGAUCUUGUUGAUCUUGUUGUUCGUUAUUCUACAAAAACGUCCUUCCUGACGUCAGCAAAACCUUUUAAUUCCUUUACAGUUCGUCAUAAGCACAUAAAUCUAAACAAUAUUUUGAUCAGUGUUUUAAGCUCUACACAAUGGAGUGAAUGGGUACAUAAAACUCAAAAAAAAAACUUUUUGUGUAUUGACGCGUCCUUGCUGAUGUUAUUAAAAUUAAAACAAACAGUUGCAUUAAAAAUUAAACAGAAAUCUUUUGUUGAGGAAAAAAAACUUAAAGCUACAACGCCUAGGGAAUUGUGCGUUUACGCUCAUAAUGAUGUGCCUGGUUUUCACAUGCAGAUCUCUGAAUAA